AUGGAGAAGGGGAGCAGCGGGCUGUCCUGCCGCGCCGCCAUCUGCGGCAUCGUCGUGCUCCUCAGCGUCAUCGCCUUCUCCUGCUCGCUCGCCGCGGAAUUCCGCAAGGUCAAGGAGAAGGACAUGAAGCUGGACGGCAGCCUCUGCUCGCUGCCCAAGAGCUCUGCCUUCGAGCUGGGCGCGGCCGCCAUCGCCUUCCUCUUCGUGGCGCAGCUCGUGGGCACCACGGCGGCGGUGACCACGGUGUGCGCCGGCAAGCCCAGGAAGAGCUCCGCCACCAGAGGACGCGCCGCGUUCGUCGCCCUCUUGGUCCUCUCAUGGCUGAGCUUCGCGGUGGCCGUGAUCCUGCUGGCGACAGCGGCGAGCAUGAACCACGGGCAGCGGUACGGGCGCGGGUGGAUGGACGGCGACUGCUACGUGGCCCGGAGCGGCGUGUUCGGCGGCGCGGCGGGCCUGGUCGUCGUCACGGCGCUCAUCACCCUCGGCCUCACCUUCGCCACCAAAUCGACCGAGGGCGCGGGGGCCAUGGCGACGACACCCGCAUCGUCGUCAUCGGCGACAUGCACGAGGGCACAUCUCGACGCGGCGUCGGCAGACGCGGAACAACCGGGCGGGCGAUCCAAGCAAUGA